UGUCACACGUAAUCAAACCCGAGCAUGGAUUCUGUGUUGUUUUCCUGUCGCGAUAUCCUUUGAGAUGAAGCUAUUACCAGUGUAGGGAUUAUUUAGAUGUAUGUAUAUUAGCCUAAUAGAUCUACAGCUCUGUACACUUAACAGGUAAACUACCUAAAGAUGAGUAAUACAUGGAACAGUGGUGGACCCUUUCAGCAAGGUUUGCCAAACCAAGUAGGGCAAGUGAAGCUUUUUAACCCUUCACAAUUUCAAACACCAGUCACUUUUGAGAAUACACAGACAUCAACAACACAAGACAGUUAUCAACAGGCUCCUGUUAUGUCAGUUGGCCAGGUUUCUUCAUCAAAUCAAGAUACCCAUACCUCUUGGGACAACUGGAGCUCCUGGGAUUGGAACUCUGGCCAACAACAGCAGCAGACACAAGGAGAGCCAGUUACAUCACAGCAGCCACAGCCUGUUUCAAAUGAUGGUUCAAUAGGUAAUCAAUAUUACAAUGGUGCCCAGUACACAACAGACUGGAAUCCAGGUUAUAAUGAUGCUAGUCAGUAUGCAGAGCAGCAAGCACUUUAUGGUCAGUCUGAUGGAAAUGCCCCGUUUGACCCUAACCAGGGACAACAGUAUGUUGGUCAGUCAUACAACCAGUUUGCAAAUCAACCUCAGCAAUUUUAUGAUGGUCAGUUCUAUGAUCAAAGCCAACAACAGAUGCAACAACCACAGCAGCAAAAUCAAGUGCAAGUCGAGGACCAGGGUCAAGGUCAGGCACAGGAUUAUUAUGACCAGGGGCAUGAACAAUAUCAAGAACAGAUGCUUUCUUAUUAUGGUGUUAGUGCUGCCUCCAGUGAAACCACAUGGAGUUCUCCAGAUGGGGCAGCAAACUGGGGAGGAAGCUUUACACAGCAGCAGCAAGAGCCCUUAGGAUAUGCUGAAGAAGAUAAUGGCUCUCAUUUAGAAGGUCAAAACUCAGGAAGUAGUAUACAACAGCAUCAUAAUAAUCAACCCACUAGUCAUGACAGUGAAUCUGCUGGCACUCAAGGCAAUCAUAACAAUGACGACGAUGGUACUGUCUCAGGGUUUUUUGGUCGGGAUGAUGAUGGCAACAUAGAUCCACCGAGACUUGGGCGCAACACAGAUGACCAGAAUCAGGGAAAUGAUGCGUAUGGUUUUAACAGGUUGUUGAAUGUUAACACUACUUUUCAUAGAACCAGUUCUGAUAUCAGCAAUGCCAGUCUUUCUACACUAAACCUCUCUGCUGGUGACGAAGAUGAUGGUAGAGAUUCACUUCAAAAUGUCCAAGAGCUGGUAAAGAAGAUGGAGAAUGUGGAUCUUUCUGAAGCCUCUCAUGAACAGAACAGUGUUGGACAGUCCAUUUAUGGGCAAGAUGAACUCUCUCAAGAAGUUCACCAAGGAACCUACUCUGGGUUUGAUCACAACAUUCAUACCACACCUCAAACUCUGCCGUUGGACACAGGUGCAAGGUCUUCAUCCCCAGAUGGUGACCAGCCUGGUUCUGCUGAGUCAGGAGGAUCUGGUGUUUCUGGUGGCUCUUCUGGGCUAGCUGAUUGGGAAAUUGUCCCAGCUCAGUUAGUUCCAAAGACAAGCAGCAGGAACAGUUCUCCAGAUAACAGUGUUAAUUUCUUGUCUGAUAAAUCUGAUGGGGGAAUACAUCCAUCUAAAGGAGGUUCAAGUCAUGAUAUGUUGCAUCAGGAGCCUCAACCUUUUUUUCCUAGCACCAAAGAGAAUGAAAGUAUACAUUUAGAAAAUAGAAAUUUAGAUACUGUUAGGCUUUUUUCUCAGACAAAUAUUAGUUCAGCUCCAUUACACCAUGAACAAGUACCACAAGGAAAUGAUCCUAGAGGAGGUGACAGGAGAUCCGGUAGUCCUUUUGUUAGUUCUGUCACAGACAACAAAGAUUUUGUACCAACUUCUGUUCCACAAAGUACCCAUGCCUCUGCAGCACCACUGCCACCUCCUUCAGGGCUUGUAAGUUCUGGAAAUAACCCUUACCGACGAGAUCAUGAUAGAAUCCCACCCCAACAAGCCACCCCAGCAUCUUCCACCAGUAAAUCAUCAUUUUUACCUCCAGCUCCUGUUGUCGCCAACAAGAUGGAGAAAUCCCCCUUUGCUGAUAAAUCUCAAGACAAUAGCAAGAACACAUUUCUAAUGCCACAGCCCCCUAAGCCAAAGUCAGGCCAGUCUAAUGAAGAUGGUAGCCGUGGCAGUCGACAUGACUCAGAUCUAAGCAUUAAGCCUAGUGAUGUUAAACCUGCCUUAGCAAAACAAACUGUGAUUCCUGGUAGGAAAAACUCCAGAGAUUCUGAAGAGGUGGCACAAUCUAGUGACCAUCUGCGCCAUCACUCAGCUUUUCAUCCUGUUAGUCGGCCAAGACAGACAACCAUGUCCCCGGCAACCACCCUCUGGGACAACAUAGAGACGCCUGCAACCAGUAUUCAACUGGCUCCUGCCAUGCCACUGAUAAUUCCAGGAUUGGCUGCUGUCUCAUCCAACACAACUUCAACUCCUAAAACUGAAUCUGCCAGGCCCCCAAAAUCAUCUGCACCAGAAGAGAAAGCAAGAGUUGGUGGAAACUAUUAUUCAGAGGAUUCCUUGUCAACAAGCAGGUCAAGUGAGAGGAGAUCAGAAAGAGGUAGAGAUGGGAGAUCGAGAGAAGACAAAAAUCGUUCUUUUGACUCCUUGGAUGAGAUAGAUGCUGUGAUUGAUGAGCCUAGAGAUAAAAGUUACAAGAGCAGCAAAGAUACAAGAGAUUACAGAGAUUCCCGCUAUGGCCGCGAACCAGAUGUUCAACCAGGCAGAUUGGAUCGUCCUGUAAGUCGCAGUGGUCAGUACCAGUAUGAACGCCCUGUAAGCAGGACUGACUAUGGAAGAGAUGACCCGUAUCGUAGACAAAGAACUAGCUACAGAGACUAUGGUGAUAGCUCAUUUGAUGAAAGAUAUGACCGCCCUCGUUCUAGACAAGAUGAAAUAAGGGGCAGUCGACCCUCAUCCAGGUCAGCUCAUGGUCAAGAUGCUGACAGAUCACGUUCUGACUAUGAUAGGGAUUAUUAUUACAGAGACAGAAAUCGUGGUUAUGGGUAUGAAAAUUAUAACAGAAAUGUGGACUUGUAUAAUGAGGAGAAGGAGCGCUGGUAUCGUUACUACAAAGAUAAGGAAAUGAGAUAUGCUAGAGGCUAUUAUGAAGAAUAUUAUGGAGCCAAGCAUGCCGAAAUUUAUCAACAACAUCAGCAGCAGCAACAGCUGCAACAACAACAAACAUGCCGUAGUAGUCGUCAAGAAGUUGAUCGCAUGAGCAACCACAGUCAUUCUCGUGGGAACACACCAGGUAUUGCUCCGUCUCCCGCACCUGGAAAUGUUCCACCAACAGCGCCUGCAGCUGCUCCGUUAACUGGUUCUGAUUACUAUGGCCAUGCAUCUAGACCAACAAGUCGUACUGAUUACAAUAGGGACUAUUAUAGAGCCUAUGGAUACCAACCAUAUGAUCCUUACUAUGAUGUUGCAGGAUAUGGAUAUGAUCCAUAUAAUUAUGGUUAUGGUUAUGAAAACUACGGAGAACAGUAUCAACAAGGAUAUUCCCAAGGCCGCCUUACCCCACCAAAAUACACAUACCCUCACAUACGAGCUUGCUUUGGACCCAAUGGCCAGCUGGUCAAAGUUUUACCAAACAAACCAGCUGAUGGUCAGCCAGCUAUGGUGGAGAUUCAGGACGUCCAGAGCAUCUUAGAAAGUUGCCCAGAAGCUGAAGAACUUAAGCAGUUCCCAGGUCCCCUGACAAGAGUGAGCACACAUAAAAAGGAUGUCCUGCUGUUCUGUCAGCAGAAAGCACGUGCAUGUGCAGAAGAUAUAAGCUUACCAGAUAGAGAGUCUGCUCAGCUGCUGUGGCGAUUUCUUGAAUUGCUUAUUAAACAGAAUGGGUCAGUCGUUGGUACCGACUUGUCAGAUUUGUUACUGGAGGGCCAUGAGCCUUCUACUCACGAGUAUAGCCUGCGUGGGAUGAAGAUCUCUCCAAGUUUAGAUGCCCUAGAGGAGGAUAAUGGCGAGGAAAAUAACAGCGCCAGGGACUCACCAGCCGUCAGAGUUACCUCUGACAGAACUGUCAUUAUGACAGCAGAGAAGGAAAGGGAGCGCUGGAUAGACAGAUUCAGACAUUUGUUAUUGUAUGGUAGAAAAAAGGAUGCUCUUGAGUGUGCAAUGAAAAACCACUUAUGGGGCCACGCCCUAUUUUUAGCAAGUAAAAUGGACACAAGGACUCAUGCUAAUGUGAUGACUAGGUUUGCUAACAGCGCAAUAAAAAUGAAUGAUCCACUACAAACACUCUAUCAGUUGAUGUCAGGACGUCAGCCAGCUGCUGUCACUGGUAUUGUAGAUGAAAGGUGGGGUGAUUGGAGACCACACCUUGCGAUGAUUGUAUCUAAUCAGACCUCUAGGUUUGAGAUAGAUAGGAAGAGCAUUUGCACAUUAGGGGAUACAUUAGCUUCCAAAGGGUAUCUCCAUGCCAGCCACUUCUGUUACCUAAUGGCACAUGUCAGCUUUGGUACCUAUUCCAAGAAAACCUCAAAGAUUGUUCUAGUAGGCUCCAGUCACAAUUUACCAUUGAAUGAAUUUGCGAGUAACAAUGCCAUACAGUGCACUGAAGUGUAUGAGUAUGCUCAAGUAUUAGGAAAUGCUGUCUUUUGUUUACCCCACUUUCAGAUAUACAAGUAUCUGUAUGCCUGUAAACUGGUGGACUAUGGUAUGUCUCAAGAAGCUCUGCAUUAUCUGGAAGUGAUAGCAGCCAACAUUCAGCAGUACCCAGCAUACUUCCAGCCUGCCUUUGUUAAACUUGUCUACCAGCUUUCCACCAAGUUGAAGUUUUCAGACCCUCAACGUUUGCAGUCAUAUGAGGAUGCUGAGGACCCACUUUGGAUCAAACAGCUGGAAAAAAUAUCUCUGGCGUAUGAGGAUGGAUCCAUACAGCCAGUGUCAGGUACAGCUACACCUGCUGGGUUUGCUGGCACCACAACCAGCAGUGAGAGUGGGGACUACAACUCACAUGGGUAUCCCAAUGGGGCAGAGGCCAGUGUGAUAGCACCCCAGAGUGGAGCUGGUGAUGUGUAUAGGCAACAGCAGCUUUAUCAACCAGUGAUUCAGCAAGGACCAGAUCAGCUUUCUUCAGGCUAUUAUGCAGGUCAAGAUGUCACAUCUUCAGUUCAAGGUCAAGACACUGCACCCACCCAAGGGGUGGAGCAGUUUCACCACCAAGUUGAUGGAGCGUACGCUGGUUACUCUCAGCAAGCUUAUGACUACAGCCAGUGGCAACAGGGUGUAGGAUACCCCUAUGGUCAUUAUGCUGAGCAGCAACCCUAUGAACAUCAGCCAGGAGAACAGACACCAUCACAACAACAGAUUUAUGAACAGCACAACGUAUCUAGGGCAACAGGGGAAGUCACUCCAGGCACAUCAAGUGAAGUCACUAGAAGUGAUUUCCCUGUGGAUGAUGCCAGAGUGAAGGAUGAUGUAUCUCAUCCUGGUGGUACACAAGAAGCAACACACUCACAGACUCAGGUUCCACAAGGUUACUAUGGUUACCAGCAACCAGAAAACCAACUUCCUCAAAGAGCCAGUAUUAGUACCAAUGAAACAACAGAGGAAGAGGAUGAUGAUGAUAAUGAAGAUGAGGAAGUCAUUGAUUCUUCCACUGGUGGAUUUGAUUACUUUGGCAAUGUCAGCGGCAAUCAGAAAGUGAUACCACCACCCAAUAGGUGGCGUACGAUGUCAGAAAGUUCAACAGGCAGCACCAGAAGGAGGAGGACCACAUCUGGGAGCAGCACGGGCAGUGUCAAAGCUGCACCAUAUAAGACCUCACCACCAUCAUCACAACAACCUCAACAGCAGCUUGGAGCUAAAGAUAAAACUUCCCAAGGCCAGAAAGGAGGCGGAUGGUUUGGUGGUUUUUUUCAGAAGUUCCGACCUAAAAAUGAGAUGAUUUUACCUGAUGAUAAAAACCCAGCUAUUGUGUGGGACCCUGAUAAGAAAAAAUGGAUUAAUGCUGAUGGCACUGAGGAGCCUGAGAGCACAGCACCACCCCCACCUAAAGACAUGGACCUCAUGGGAAAAAUCCCAGCACCAGCACCUAGUGCUGUAGGACCACCUCCCCCAACAGGAUUAGCUGGCGGCAACCGCUUCUCUCUCAAAUCUAAAGCUGGAGGCAAGCCGCCACAGUAUGUAGAUGUGAACAACCCAAAGCCACUGUCUGUACCACAAAACUUAUUCAAUGUCAUGCCCCCUGCUACAGCCCAGGCUGUUACAGCCACACCCCCACAGGUCUUUUUACCUGGCUCUUCAGCACCAGCCAAUGACACAUCACUGAAUACAAGCAAUAACAGUAAUCAGGGAGGGGGACAGCUGCUAGUCCCUCCAACCACAGACCAGUUGUCCCGCUCUAGUUCCGUCAGUUCUUUAUCCCAAGAAAUUCAACAUUAUUUUGCUGAGAGUUCUUCUGACACCCCAGCACCAAGCCAGCAGGUACCAACCAUGCCAGUUUUGUUUAACCCUGCAAGUUUGAAAAGUAACGCCCCAGGUCAGUCUUCAGCAGCAGGUCCAGGACUGAAGUACGGACAGCGUCGAGCUUAUCCCAAGUAGCGGCCACGUCCACCCUGCUAGACGCAUCGAGGGAUGUCACCAUUCAGCUCAACUUCACUAAAACACAACUGUUCAAGCUACUAAACCAACUCCUGGUAUGAUAUGUAAGAUAAUGGUGUACAAACAGUUUUCUGUAUAGUCUGGCAUUUUUCUUUGUUGACCAGUAAUGUAUAAUGUGCAUGUCUUUUGCAAUUAUUGGAAAAGUGUAUAAAAGACAAAAAAAAAUAAUUUAUUGACUUCAGAAGAUGUAUACAUUAUUUCCUCAUAUUUCAUUCUCCUGUCAUAUUGUUGGGAGACAGUUGCCAUGUUUUAUCAUUGUUAAUAUUAUACCUGUAGUGGAGCACAGAGUAGCUGUGCUUUAUUAUUAGUGGAAUGGUUUUUUUUAACUCAACAUAUUUAUCCUAUUCUCUACUUCUAUUUAAAAAACAUUCACCAGUCUUGGUUUUGUUCUUUUAAAAAAUUGUUCUCUGAUUUAUGUAUAUUUUAAACUAAUGGUGAGACAUACAUCUCCAAAAAAAAAACAUUUUAAUUAAUCCAUAAAAUAUUAUUAUUCUUGAAUUUUAUUCCCUCACAGGUUUGUAUGUGUCACUAUUAGUAACAGAUUUUAUUUUAAGCCUCAUUAAUAUAUAAGAAAACUUCUAGACCUUAUGUUUAAAAAGGACAAGUUUUCUGAAAAUCUGAUAUACUUGCAUACUUAUUGGUACCCUAAACAGAUUAGCAACAAGAAGUUGUAUUGUAAAAUGGUAUUGUUGGUUCUAAAUGAUUGAAAGAUUAUAGCACUAUUAAGUCUUUGAUUUAAUCACAAGCAUGCUGUGUGCUUUAAGCUGUUAACUGAGAUGCUAAUACAGUUCAGUACUAAGUCACUAAAAGCAUUAGUCAUUAUUGAUCAGUUCUAAUAAGUUAUUGCCCCUAUACAUUCAAUGAUUCCUGUAUGUUGUUUAGAAUCUGCUGUGCAGAUACAAAAAAAAACCUUACAAUGCACAUUUGACUCUAGUGAAACUGUUGUUGACUUUACUUGCACCUCCUGUAGUUUUCCAUUUGUUACAUUAUUGUAGUAUUUAUUUCUUUAUAAACUAUACUAAAACAUUGUGGCUGUUAAUUCUUUCUAAGUUUCAAGCUUUUUUUCUGUAAGAUUUUACUUUUUAAAACCUUCAACCAACUUUUAUUUAUUAAUUACCAAAUUAAAGUAAUGUGCUUAUAAUUGCUUGUAUUAUAAUACAGGACUGUUGCAAAAUAAAUGUAAGAGAUUGAAGUUUAAUUUUUUACAAAAAAAAAA